GUGAAUUGAUAAAUGAUCAACGAGAACGAAUUGAAUGAAUUGAUCAACGAAUUGAUCUUCUUGCAGUAAAGUUCUUGCAAGGAGUUUUGUUUAGAUAUUGUAGGGAAAACUCAUGGUGAACGGUGAUAAUUUUGAAAAGUCAGAGCUGUCUUAAAGAAGAAACCAAAUUCUGCUCUCUUUUAUACAUAUAGUGCCUGGCGUUGAACUAAAAUUUCGUGAUGAGGCUUCUAAUUUUACUUGGCUUACUCUUUGUCCUUAUCUGCCACUGCAGCAGCAAGAAGACUCAAGAAAAGGAAAAGCCGGAUUGGGCAAAAAAAGAUAUCCGAGACUUCUCAGAUGCAGACAUGGAAAGAUUGCUUGACCAGUGGGAGGAAGACGAAGAGCCUUUGGAGGAAGAUGAACUUCCGGAGCACCUUAGGCCGGCUCCCAAAGUUGACUUUAGCAAUGUUGACAUGUCAAAUCCUGAGGCGAUCUUAAAAUUGAGCAAGAAAGGAAAAACUCUGAUGACGUUUGUCAACGUGGAUCCCUCCUAUUCCAGAGAAAAAACUGAGGAAAUCACCCAAAUCUGGCAAACAAGUUUAAGAAAUAAUCACAUUCAGGCUGAAAGGUACCUGAUCGAUGACACACGAGCAAUUUUCAUGUUCAAAGAUGGGUCGGUCGCAUGGGAUGCUAAAGACUUUCUUGUGCAGCAGGAAGGAUGCUUAGAGGUUGUAAUUGAGAACAAAAAUUAUCCAGGGUUGAAGCAGAAUCUCAAAAUGAAAAAAAUGGAGCUAUAGACUAAAAAAAGAAUAAUUUUUGAAAAUCAUGAGGUUUGUAAACCACUGGUCCUCUAUAAUGAGUCUUUGUGCACAUAUUGUAAAAUAUUUCUUUUCAGAGAAAAUAAAAUUCCAUGGUGAUAUUUUGUUACAAUA